AUGGACAACAUACGAUCCGAGCUUGUUCUGCUUUUAGCUGGCAUCACUGGCGUCGUAUUCACAUGGCUGUGUCUAUCAACAGGGAAUAAACGCUCGUCUAUGCCAUCGAAUAGCUCCCGCAGAUCCCUGGCCUUUAGGAUUUCCAGCAUACCUCGAAGGGUGGACAAGGACGGGUUUCGAGAUAUCUUGACCAGGCUGCCCAUCAAAGCUGAAGGUACUGCCAGCCAGCUCAAAUGGACCUUGACUGGAUUCUCGUACUCACAUUCUGCGGCCACGGCCCACGCUGAGCGAUAUGCGGUGGCCACUGCCACCUUCGCAAAUGCCCCAAGCCCGAGCGAGCUUGAGACGGCUAUCAAGCGUGAAAUUGGCAUCGAUGCCAGCCGAUUGAAGGUUGACCUGGAUUUUUUCGGCCUCACACCACUCGCUGAUCCUUUACAUGAUAUCGCUGUAGACAUUAUUGCAGUAACUGGACUUGCCGGCCAUGCAUUUGGAUCCUGGAAAUCGAAAAAAGAACCGGACAUGUGGCUACGAGAUUUCCUCCCAGAAGCCGUUCCAAAUGCACGCAUUCUAACAUACGGCUACGAUACCAAACUACCUGGGAGCCAGUCUGAAUCAUCCAUCCCUGACCUCUCAAGGAGGCUGCUUGAGUCUAUUAAAACGAUCCGAUCAGGGCACACAAGAAAUCGACCUCUCAUUCUUAUUGGACAUAGCCUCGGUGGCCUUGUUGUGAAAGAGGCCCUUGCUGAAGCAUCUGAAGGUAGUGAAGAUGACCAAUCUGUCUUUAGGUCUUGCUAUGCUGUUCUGCUCUUUGCUGUUCCUAACAGGGGCCUUGAAAACUCAAGCUUGAUGUACAUGGUCAAAGGACAGCCCAACGAGGAUUUGGUGAAAGAUCUCAAACAGUCAUCUCGAUUUUUAAAUAUGCUUAGCCAGAGGUUUAACAAAUAUUUCACACUUGACGGUUCGAAGAUAAUAAGCAUAUACGAAACCAAGAGGACCCCGACAGUUAAGUGGUGCUCGGAGACUGCAUCAUGGGAAAGGACUGGUUCUAAAAUUAUGAUGGUUCCAUUCACAUCUGCUAUUCAUGCUGGUCCAAAUGAGAAAGUCUAUGAUCAAAUAUCGAUAGAAGCAGAUCAUUCCGAAAUCGUCAAAUUCAGCGACAUAUCCAACCAUGACUAUCUCAUAAUAGAAUCAAGAAUAAGAGACUUGGUUGCUGAAGCACCAAUUGUCAUUCAAGAGCGUUUUGCGCAACUCAGGAGAAAACUUUCGGAUUCGGAGAAACGUUACAUUGAGGCCCUCAAGGCUCCUGAUUAUUAUGCGUUCCGAAUUAACAAAGUCGAUAAGCCAACACCUGGCACUCUUAGCUGGUUCUUGAAACACGAAUUAGUUCAGCCAUGGCUAUCGACCCCCGAGUCAUCAGCUUUAUGGGUAUACGGAGCGCCAGGCCAAGGGAAAACAAUUCUUGCCAAAUUUCUUUUGGACUACCUGGAAGAGCUCUCUGAUAAUUCGAGCCAUCGCACAACGGUCAUAUAUUUCUUCUUCUACAAUCAAGAUGAUAACUACAGCACUAUUAGUGCCGCUUUAAAGGCAUUUAUCAAGCAACUAAUAUCGGCACCACAUGCGUUCCAAAGCAUUUCCGAUAAGUUCAACCUCGAAACCUCCACAAUAACCGAUGAAUCGAUGUGGGCCAUUCUAGAAGCAUUGCUUCAUUCUUCUAUCUUCGAUACAGUUUACUGCGUGAUUGAUGCCCUGGAUGAGUGUCAGGACCUUGAGGCUAGGCAAAGGCUACUAGGGCUUAUUGAGACGCUCGUUCAGCCACCACUCAUGAGAAAGAGAGAAAAGUGUACUAGUCUUAAAGCCUUCUUAACAAGCCGCCCGACCGUGGUUUUAGGUCGGAGCCUAAAAGGAUUUCCGUCCAUCCAGCUUAAAGCCAGUCCUGAUGAUCUCAAAGUAUUCAUUCUUGGCAAGAUUCAAAACAUAGGGCUACCCGCCGAGCUCGAGCGCAGGGCAAUCGACUUGUUAAGCAGCCGUGUAGAGCAGACUUUCUUAUGGAUCUCAAUCAUCUUGAAGAAGUUGAGAACAGUGACGACCUUACUGUCAGAGGCGGAUAUGGAACAAAUCAUCAACGAGAGCCCGUCAGAUCUAACAGAACUCUACGAAAGCAUUGUCAACCAAAUCAUGCAAAGCAAUGAUAAAGUCACACAAAAGCUCUUGAUCUGGACAGUCUUUGGUCGACGAGCACUGACUUUAAAUGAGCUCGAAGAUGCUCUUGCAAUCCAGGAAGAUUCUAAGAGCAUUGAAUCUAUCAGAAAAUAUAGGAUACAGGAUCUCACGGACAGCAAAAUCACUAGUGCUGCUGGAAUAAUUUUAGAAAUUGUUAAUGGGAAGGUGUACCUCAUACACCAGAGCGCCAAAGAUUUCCUUCUUGAGAGUGAGCAUCUAGCUAAAGCUGUCUUUUGCAGAGGCCUACGCCCUGGCAUUUAUUUGGCAAAGACCUGUAUGACAUACUUAUGUUUUACAGACUUUGUUGAAACAGGCCCUUGUCAGGAUUCUGCCCAGCUGGAUGAAAGAAUUCGUCACUAUCCGUUUUUUCAUUAUGCCGCGCGCAAUUGGCACAGACAUAUUAGGAUCGACGACGAUAUCAAUAUUUUUACCAGCAUUAUCAGUCAGUUGACUAAGCCACACUCACCAGAACUCUUAGCAUGGGGAGAAGCAGCUGGGAUAGCGAAUCUUGACGAAGCAGAAAAUGCCUGGGAUAUUGCAACGAUGGCCAACAUUCCAUGGUUAGCUGAGUUUCAAUCGAGGUACGAUGUUAUUACCGAGGAGAUGAUCAAUGAAGCGGCAAGCCGCGGCUAUGCAGGGUAUAAUUUUAUAAAGUCUCUCACCGGAAAGCCUAGUGUUCGUCUUACGGAAGGGGCUGUUUAUGCAGCUGCUAAAUACUUCGAUCAUACAACAAUUCACCAAUUAUUAGACAAGGACGCUAGUGUGAUUAUUACACCUGCAUUAAUAGAAGCGGCAGCAGCCAACCAAAAGUAUGGUAGACUUGUGAUGGAUUUGCUGCUGGACUUGUUACUGGAGUCUCAAGACCGCUUUAUUGUUACGGCAGAGUUGGUACAACUAGCAGCGGAAAACCAUGAGAAUGGCAGAGAUAUCGUUGAGUUGCUCAUGCACAAAGAAGAUACGGACAUCUCGGAAGGCGCAAUAGCUGCAAUAGCGGCAAGAUUUAGUGUUGAAACUAUGAGAAUCCUGAUGAACUUGAGAGAAGACAUCAAGGUCACCAAGGCAGUAAUUGAAGCAGCAAUAGGAAGAAGAUACGACAGGGAUGAGAUGGUAAUAUUCUUGCUAGAACAGCAAGAUCAAGAUUUCCGGACUACAGAAACGUUAAUUCCAACUAUUGCCAGAGAUUUUGAUAAAAAAAUAAUGGAACUUCUUUUGGAGAAGCACGAUCAAAACAUUCAGAUUACGGAAGAAGUUGUCGAAGCUACACGAAGAAAUCUGGAGAAUGCCAAGGAGUUGAUGAAAUUGUUCCUUAGCUGGAGAGGAGAUAGUAGCACUAUUACAAAAGGAGCUCUGGUUACUAUUGUCAAAGAAUUUAACAAGGAGGUAGUAACAUUACUCCUUGACCGGCAAGGAGAUGAGAUUACAAUUACAGAGGAGGUUAUUGAAGCUGCAGCGGGAAAUGAGAGUGGUAAAAAUAAUAUGGAAUUACUCCUUGACCGGCGAGGAGAUGAGAUUACAAUUACAGAGGAGGUCGUUAAAGCUGCAGCAGGAAGCUGGUGUGGCGAGAGCACUAUGACAUUACUCCUUGAUCGGCGAGGAGAUGAGAUUAUAAUUACAGAAAAGGUUAUUGAAGCUGCAGCGGGAAAUAGAGAUAGGGUUUUAAAAUUACUCCUUGACCGGCGAGGAGAUGAAAUUAAAAUUACAGAAAAGGUUAUUAAAGCUGCAGCAGGAAAUCCUUAUGGCAAACGCAAUAUAAUAUUACUCCUUGACCGGCGAGGAGAUGAGGUUACAAUUACAGAAGAGGUUCUUGAAGUAGUAGCAGGGAAUGGGGAGGGCAAGGAUAUUAUGGCGUUACUCCUUGACCGGCGAGGAGAUGAGAUUACAAUUACAGAAAAGAUUAUUAAAGCUGUGAUAGAAAACCGGUAUAGCGGGUGGGAUAUGAUGAACUUACUCCAUGACCGGCUAGACCUGAUCACUAUGACAGAAGAAGCCGUUAAGGCUCUGGCAACAUGGAAAGAACAGUAUAUUACUUAUCAGUAA